AUGCGUCUACUGAGCGCGCUCCUCCUGCUCUGCUCUCACCUGCAGCACUUUCAAGGCCUGGGAGUGGAUCAGAUGUUGUACCGGAGAGCAGGAGAUGAUGUCACACUUCCCUGUGACAUACAUCGCUCUGAACCAAACUGCUCCUCUGUGGACUGGACUAAUGAGAGUGAUAACUUCGUGGUCUUAUCCGGUCAGAUCAGAAGCAAGUUCUCGUCCUCUCGAUACUCUCUGAAGACAGACUGUUCACUCGAUGUCCUCAACGUCAGCGCAGCAGACGCAGGGACAUAUUUCUGUGGAUCCUGGACGUCUUGGAAAAAAUAUGAAUCUAGAAGAUAUGUGACUCUGAGGGUUCUCUUAGUGGACACCAGCCUGACCCCUGACCUCGCCACAAUCCGCGUCUCUCUGUCCCCGUCCUGUGGCUCCGGAAGGUUCCGCUGGUCGGACCAAGAUGGGACGGUCCUGUCUGAGGGGGUCACUCUGAGGACCUGUGGAUCCAGUCUGACUGUACAACGAACACAGUACAGGACCCUCACCUGUCAGUAUGAGGAGGAGGGGCGAGUGAGGGUGUCUGCGGAGUACAGGCUGACGGAGGCAGGGCACGGCCAGAUGGGAGACCCAGGUGACCGCUGGUCUUCCUUGCUCCCGGUCCUGGUCUCUGGGGUUCUGGUUGGAGCUGUGGUGCUGGUCGCAGUUCCAGUUCUGAUUUUCAAAAUAAAAUCUACAAAGAAAACAGCAAGAAGCAAACAAGCCACAGAUACACAAGAAGGCCAACAAGAGGCUGAGGAACUGCCGGAUCCAGAAAACUGUUUGACUUAUGCCACAAUCACCCAUGGACCAGAGAGACCCAAGAACCAGUUUGAAAAUGACACUGUGAUGUAUUCCACGGUGAACUUCCAAAGCACAGCGCCCCCUAAAGCCAGGACCAGAGCACUGCAGCAGACUGAGACUCACUCACACACAGAGCACAGCGCCUCCUACAGCCAGGACCAGAGCACUGCAGCAGACUGA